CAAGUACCAAUCUUGCAUUAGCAAACUCCCGAAACAAAACACAGCUCACUAUACAUACAUACUAAGAUGGCCAAACAAGCUCUCUUCUCACUCUCACUUCUACUUGUUUUACUCUUCCACUCUACCACCACUUUAGGCCAGCCAGCUCCGGCCCCAAAGCUGCCUGCUGUGGCUCCGGCUGGACCGGCUCCACCCGGGCCCCCUGAUGUCACUAAAAUCCUUCAAAAGAUUGGUGGGUUCACCAUUCUAAUCCGCCUCUUAAAGAGCACUGGAGUGUCUGAUCAACUCAGAGGGCAGCUCAACGAUUCAAACAUUCGUUUCACCCUUUUUGCUGCAAACGAUAACGCAUUUGCCAGCCUUAAAGCUGGCACUCUAAACUCUCUCAAUAACGAAGAAAAGGUCCGACUUGUACAGUUUCAUAUCUUGCCCACUUAUUAUACUUUGCAAAACUUCCAAACUGUGAGCAACCCAUUGCGAACACAAGCAGGAGAUAACAAACCCGGUGAUUACCCACUUAAUGUGACCAGUAUGGGAAACCAAGUAAACAUUUCGACUGGCCUUGUAAAUGCCACAGUGAGUGGUACUCUAUAUUCGAAUUUUCAGCUUGCUAUUUAUCAAGUAGACAAAGUGCUUCUUCCUCUUGACCUUUUUGUUUCCAAGGUUCCAUCACCAGCUCCAGCACUGGCUCCCGCCCCGGCUAUAAUCAAGCCUAAGCCGAAGAAGACGCCGAUAGCAGCCAGUCCAAAGACCAGUACUACUACUACUGCUACUCCUACAGUGGUUGUUAAUUCUGGUGCAGAGAGUCUGGCAACCCAUGGAAUAUUGGUGCCCAUUGGAGUUGCGGUUUUCAUUGCAGCAUUGUUUUUGUGAUACAAAAAAGUGACGAUAUAUGCAUCAGCUGGAUAUGUUUUGGGUGUGUAAAUCGUCUAUUGGUUUACGAUUUUGUUGAGUUGGAUUUGAACGCUCGUCGUUGUCGCUGAGUGCUUUCGAAUAAUUGCUGUCUAUCCGUGUAUCGGUACUGUCAAGGUUGAAUUGUACGCUAUUGUUUUUUUAAUAAAUAAUUUUUCUGUACCCUCUGAUCA